CACACAUCUGACUGAAUAUAAAAGAAAAUAUCAGUGUUGUAGUCGGUAGUGCGUUCUCGCAGCCGGGUCGAUCGGCCGGAUUGACCAUGACAUUGAAAUAUCUAGUAGUUCUGUUGGCCCUGACCGGCGUCCACUGCAAAACAGCAUAUAAAAUAUGCGUUCCCGUGCAGCAUCUCAAAGCUUGUCAGGAUAUGCUGGAAGUCCCGACUAAAAGCAAAGCGGCCUUGGAGUGUGUGCCGGCCAGAGACAGGGUAGAAUGCUUGUACCAAGUGCAGCAACGCCAAGCGGACUUCGUGCCCGUGGAUCCCGAAGAUAUGUACGUGGCCACCAACAUCCCGAACCAAGACUUCGUACUAUUCCAGGAGUAUAGGACUGAUGAUGAGCCUGACGCGGAGUUCCGUUACCAAGCUGUCAUCGUGGUCCACAAAGACCUGCCCAUCAACAGCCUUGACCAACUAAAAGGCCUGAAAUCCUGCCAUACGGGUGUCAAUAGGAACGUUGGUUAUAAGAUUCCACUAACCAUGCUAAUGAAGCGGAGCAUCUUCCCUAAGAUGAACGACGUAAACUUCUCCCCGAAAGAAAACGAGCUGCGUGCUUUCUCUAGCUUCUUCACCAAGUCCUGUAUCGUCGGGAAAUGGUCACCGGAUCAGAAGACCAACUCUGCUUGGAAGGCUCAAUACAACCAACUAUGUGCUUUAUGCGAACACCCCGAAAUCUGCGACUAUCCGGACAACUUCAGUGGAUACGAGGGGGCGCUGCGGUGCUUGGCACACAAUGGGGGCGAGGUGGCUUUCACUAAAGUCAUAUACGUGCGCAAAUUCUUCGGGUUACCAGUAGGAACCAUCCCAGCGAGCCAAUCCUCUGAGAACCCUGACGACUUCGCUUACCUCUGCGCGGACGGGUCGAAGGUUCCUAUCCGGGAGAAAGCGUGCUCAUGGGCAGCGCGGCCUUGGCAAGGCCUGCUCGGGCAUAACGACGUGACCGCCAGUCUGACUCCAUUGAGAGAGAAGAUCAAGCAACUCGCUGCUGCUGGAGCCGCUACUAAGCCCUUGCCAGACUGGUUCGCCAACGUGUUAGGCUUAUCAGAGAAGAUACACCAUGUAGCUGACAACAUUCCUAUCGCGCCGGCAGCGUACCUGAAGAAAGCCAACUACACUGAAGUAAUUGAAAGGGGGCAUGGCGCACCGGAGCCAGUAGUCAGACUGUGCGUGACAUCAAACGUAGCGCUCGCCAAAUGCCGCACCAUGUCGACGUUUGCUUUUAGCCGAGAUAUCCGUCCCAGGCUCGAUUGUACGCAAGAGGCCACUGAAGCGGAUUGCCUUAAAAACGUCCAAGAUAACGGCUCUGACCUCGCCGCCGUCGACGAUAUGAAGGUAGCUCAUGCUGCGAAGAAAUACAACCUCCACCCAGUCUUCCACGAAGUUUAUGGAGAAGACAAGAAGCCCAAAUACGCCGUGGCUGUUGUGAAAAAGGGCUCAUCAUUCCAGAAGAUGGAGGAUUUGAGGGGAAAGAGAUCAUGCCACGAUCCUUACGGGAGCUUCAGCGGCCUUGACGCGCCCGUCUACUACCUCAUCAACAAAGGGCUUAUCACACCUGACGAUUGUGUGAAGAAGGUCGGUAGCUUCUUCUCUGGAGGAUCGUGCUUACCUGGCGUCGACAAAGUCGAAAACAACCCCAAAGGUGACGACGUAACGCUCCUGAAGAAGCAAUGCCCAGCUGACAAAAGCCCUCUGACUUGCCUUAAGGACGACCACGGAGAUGUUGCUUUUGUGUCAAGCACCGACUUAAGCAACUUCGACGCCUCCCAAUACGAGCUUCUCUGCCUAAACCGGGACAGCGGACGCGAUUCGCUCGCUAACUAUGCGACCUGCAAUGUCGCUAUGAUGCCGUCCCGCACCUGGGUGUCGGCAAAGGACUUCCUAUCGGACGUCUCUAUCGCACAUACACCGCUUAGUCUGGCCGAGUUGCUGGACAAGAGGACUGAUCUGUUCAACAUCUAUGGAGAAUAUUUGAAGAAUAACAACGUCAUUUUCAAUAAUGCUGCAACUGGACUUGCAACAACGGAAAAACUUGACUUCGAAAAAUUCAAAGCAAUCCAUGACGUCAUGUCAAAUUGUGGAAUUGCUUAAGUGCCAUGUAGAUUUACUAUAUUUUUAAAUUUUAUAUUACUGACCUAACCUAACAUUUAAGUGCCUCUAAUCCUUAGAAAUUAAACAAAAAGUCUGAUUUCAUUAAAUUUAUUCAAUAUUUUUACAUGGAAAAUAAAUAUAAUACCAAAAAUGUAA